AUGGCACCACACGUGGUACAUGGAGUCUCUCUUUCACAGCCCUGGUGUCUUCCUCUCCUUUUGCUCCUUCUCUCCCUGUAUUCCCUGACGGUCGCAGGGUUCAACCUGGAUACUAGCAUGACUCUGAUCAAGGAGGGGGAGAAAGGGAGCUUUUUUGGAUUUUCUGUAGCACUUCACCAGCAACUCACCCCAGAACCACACAGUUGGAUACUGGUGGGAGCUCCCCGGGACAGAGGACUGGGCCUCAUGCGGAGACAGCGUCCUGGUGCCCUGUACCGCUGUCCAAUCACAGGCGAGAAGUUUGACUGCGAGCGAGUGGACAUCGAUGGAGAUGUAAACCUUGACCGGGAGAGCAAGGACAACCAGUGGCUAGGAGUGACAGUCAAGAGCCAGGGGAUUGGAGGGAAGGUGGUGACCUGUGCCCACCUGUAUGAGCUGCGUCAGCGUGUGGGCCUGCCGUCUGAGACGCGGGACCCUAUCGGGCGUUGCUAUGUCCUGAGUGAGGACCUGACAGAGAAGGAUGACUUGGACGGAGGAGAGUGGAAGUUCUGUGAGGGGCGACCCCAGGGACACGAACAGUUUGGCUUCUGUCAGCAGGGCCUGUCUGCCGCCUUCACACCAGACAAUAACUUCAUCAUGUUCGGCGCUCCAGGAACGUACAACUGGAAAGGAGAGAUGCGUGUCCAGCUGCUAAACCAGACACUGUUGGAUCUUGGUUUCUAUGACGACGGACCUUAUGAGGUGGCGGAUGAGAAACAGCUGAACGCUCAGCUGAUCCCAGUUCCCUACCAUAGUUACCUGGGGCUCUUGUUCAUGGCUAGUCCUGAUGAAGAUGCGCUGGUGUACAAAACUCUGGAGCCACACUCCAACUGGCCCAUGUUUGAGGACGUAGCUCAAAAUAGCUACUUAGGUUUGGUGGCCCGGCCACACCAGCUGUUCUUCAGUGGAGUUGUGAAGGGGGAGAGUGCUAUGGAGACUCUGGACGAUGUGGGCAGCGCUCUGGACUUUGAGUUUACGGUGACCAACACUGGGCCGUCCCUGCAGACUCUAGGCUCUGCCUUCCUCAACAUAAUGUGGCCUCAUGAGCUGUCCAAUGGGAAGUGGCUCCUGUACCCCACCGCUUUUCACUUCCAGGGCCAUCCAGAAACACACUGUAGACCCCACACCUCCCUCAACCCACGGAAGUUUUCCCACAGCUCUCCUUCUGAAGACCAGCCACAGGCUACAUUCAGGAGGAAGGGGCGAUCCCACCCGGAAGAGGAGGGGCAUGUGAUGACCAAGGGCAGUCUGGGUAGGACCACGCCCGCUGUGGCUGCCUCCGAGAGACGGAAGUCACUCAAACUGGACUGUCUGCUGGGUUCAGCACGUUGUGUCCUGUUCCAGUGUCCUCUCCACAGCUUCUCUGGCUCGGCUGUCCUCAAGAUCCAGGGACGCUUGUGGAACAGCACCUUCCUGGAGGAGUUCCCAUCAGUCAGUGCUCUGGAGCUGCUGGUUAGAGCCAACAUCACAGUCAAGUCCAGCAUCAAACACCUGGUGCUGAGGGAUGCUGCUGCACAGGUCCCAGUGAUGAUUUACCCAGAGGUUGGUCUGACUGCCCAGUACUGGAUCCCCUGGUGGUGGAUUCUCAUAGCCAUCCUGGCUGGUAUCCUGGUGCUGUCCCUGAUGGUCUGCAUCCUCUGGAAGUGUGGUUUCUUCCGUCGGGUCCAGUAUGAAGACAAAGUGCCUCAGUACCAUGCGGUGAAGAUUCCCCAUCAGGACCUGCCCCAGUUCCAUGAGAGCCAGCAGAAGGCAGGGAUCCUCCACAAGAAAGAGUGGGCUACACACUGGAGCGAUGGAACUUCCUGAUCGACAGCAACAACAAAAACAACAACAAGGAAUUGAAUAAUAACAAACCCCCAAUUCCACCCAUAUGGCCCACUCACUAACUCUGCGGUGUAGUAAAUGUGUGCACACAGACUGGCCGUGUCACAACAGUGUUGUGACACAUUGAGGCAACGUCCUGAUCCUUCACCCUUCUUCUGAAGUGGAUUAAUGCUGACUACUCUCUCCUACGUAUUUAUAUGGACAGUGAUGCUAACUUUCUACAUUGUCUCUAUAGUCCAGCAUUUUGGAUUUGAGAUCAAAUGUUCCACAUGAGGUGACAGUACAUAAUGUCAUCUUUCACUUGAGGGUAUUAUUUAUACAUAUCUGAUUUACCAUUUAGAAAUGAAAGCACUUUGUAGAUCUAGUCCCCCCAUUUGAAGACGUCAUGAGU